AUGGCAUCGGGGGUUGUCUACGAGGGUGUCACGCAGCAACAAGACGGUAACGAGACCGAAGUCAGUCAGCGAGCGCCCAAGUUGUUUUCCGGCCUCAAACUAUGGUUUUCUGCGACCGUCCCUCUGAGAUCCUGGCUGAUCGAGAAUGCAAAAGCGAACGGUGCAGAGAUCGUCCCGCUGGACAGACAAGCCGAUAUCCGACUAGUCGAUCAUGCGAGAAGGCUCAACGCACCGGGCACCCAUUCUUAUACGUUCAUCGAACAGUCAAUCAAGAAGGGCAUACGGGAAGAUCUCACUGCACACCGAGUUGGGGUGACUGCUAGCGUUGACAGACCUGUCGGAAGCAUUGUGACUGGACCAAAGGGCACCCGCACUCCUUUCACGGAAGAGGAGGACCAAUUCCUGUGGAACGCCAUCAAACCACUGGAGGCUCGAGGAGGAUCUGUUGCUGGAAAUGAGGUCUACAAGCAGAUUGCCCGUCUAAGGCCACGCCACACGUUUCAGAGCUGGAGGGAUCGCUACCUGAAAAAGGUCCGCCAACAGAACAGAUCGAUCACUGGACAGGUGUCUUUAGAAGCGGAUUUGGCAGACCAAGCUGAUGAAUCCAAUGCAGUGCAGCCACAGGCCGAUGCACCUGCUCAGCGACCGUUGAAGAGACAAAGUCCCCCAUCUCAGGGCUCCCGAAAGCGACCGAGGACUGCUGAUGGUACUCCCGAGGCUCCUGAGAGGUCUGUCGGGGAACCACGCCUGCCACUCUCACCCAUCAGGGUCAAACAGGCUAUAAUGGACCAUAGAAUGCCCAGGAACAAUGGCCCUCUGCCCACCCCUUUAUCACCGUCACGAAACCACAGAGUCAGUUCUACAGUCCCGACUGCAAAUUCACAUUCGGCGAGACCUCCAACGCUGUCGCCAGAAAGGUCACCACGCCGCAAACCACUGUCGACCCGACACCCGAGCGAAACCGUAUCCUCUCCACGUGAACCACGUGAACCACGUAAUACCUCCGCUCCACCGAAGAAAGAUCCUGAUACUGAGCCCAAUGAGUUGCCUGAGACGUAUCCUUUAAAUUUCAGUCCGCAGCACUACGAGAUACUGUUUCGAACCACUCCCGCGAUUCUCGACACCGACAGUGAACAUCUUGGCACCGCUUUCGACAAGGUUGCCGAGACCUACAGCACGCUUGGCCGCACGGGUAAGGACUGGAGGAUCUUCUGGCAAAACUAUGUGCUUCCUAGGUAUUGUCAGCAGUUCAGCGUGGAUAUCAAAACGCUUGACCCAGAGGCUAGAAUUCCCAGUGUCUGGAGUAUACGACGCAUACCGAAGUCGAAGGACGAGGCACCGCCAGAUAUUGAGUGUGCCCAGUGCUAUAUCAAAGAGUCUGUCCAUUGGAGGCAUGACAAACAAGGCCGAACCCUGUGUGACGGCUGUGGAAGUCUCUUGAAGCAAGCACGCUUCCGAAGUCUGUCUGGUGCUCUUUCAGAGCUGCCUGAAGAGGUAGAAGAAAGCCAGGAACAGUCAGAUGCGGGAAACGAGGACGUGGCAUCACUUCAGAAAAAAGCGGCGGUGGUCCCAGCGACAGUGCAUACACACCUUUACUCGGACGCAUGCGUGCAGACAUCACCUAUCCUUGAACCUCAAGAUGCCAGCAUCAAGCAGGAAGAGGGUAAUCAUGAACACGCACCUGACCCACGCCCGCCUGGACCAAAUGAAGCCAGAAAGAGGAGUACCGGGAAAAGCUCUCAGUCUAAUUCUCAAGAGACCGCCGCGUCACAGGAAACAUCAAACGUGAUGGCCCAGGCUAUAGAAGGUGCCACCGAGGAGCCCAGCUCCCCUCGCGAACCAUCAUCCUCGGCAUGGGAGACCAAGCGGGUCAACACGGGAGAAAUCGAGACUCCGCCUACCCCUGAGCACAUACAGGCUCCGGUGGGUAGCUUCUCGGCGCAUGACGUACCAGACAGUCCGCUAUUUGUGCCUCAGGAUAGUGAGAAUGAGCCUAUUCUACCGAGCCCACGCCAAAGCAGUCCCCUCAAUCUGCAAUUCUUUGAGAACGAGUCUCCAUCGAAGAUAUUAUCCUCGUUCUCUCAACGCAAUCGCAGAGCAAGGUCGCCUGCUUCGGAGUCUGGCUACAACUUCGAGACCGCGCCGAGUAUGUCACAAUACUGGGAGACAGCUCCUCAAUCUCCGCAACGUUCAGAGCGCCGCCUCUCCACGCAAGCUCUCUUCGAGCAGCCCACUCUUGCAGCUGAGUCUUCAGAAUUCGACCUACCGGAGCCUGACGGUGGAUGGGAACUUCUUGGCAUCCCUGAGCCAACUCCUUCUGAGAUAAACCUCGACGAUGAAGAGGAUCAAGUGGAUGCCAAUGUGGACAGAGAUGCGUCCGCUUUAGAAGCUGCGCCUGGCCCAGACGUGAUGUCGAUCGACUCUAGUCCCAGCGCGCCCGGCGAAGUCGAUGAGGAACCGCCUGCCAUCAGUCUGUGGCUUGCCGACCAGCGAGACCUAUAUCCACCCAGUACCAUACGUGCCAUCGUCCUCGAACAUCUCCUCUCCAUCGCCAUUGAAGCCACGUCCUUUGACUUUGCCCUUGCCGCCUACAUCAUUCCCGCUAUGAUCAGCGCGAGUAAGACGGAAGAUGGGAGACGAUGCAGGCGAGAGGGACAGUGGAAGCGACUCCUUCCGAAGGCGGAAAAAGGCGUUUGGACAGAACGAGACGAUCGAUCACUGGCUGGAGAUCCGGAUGAUAUGGGUGUUAACGGGGGGGAGAUGGCGCGGUUGCAGAAGAAGCAUGGCGAAGGCGGCGUGCAGGCUCGGAGGGAGUUUUUGAGAGCUUAUGCGGAGGCUUAG